CUCUUCCUUUUUAACUGCAAACUCAUGGGAGAAGCAGCCGUCUCCGUCGUCUUGGCCUACAUAAGGCUCUUUACAAUUUCAUUAAAUGAGAUGAAGCCAACUCUCAUUCUGUUCACUGUCUGUCAUAGCUAGAAUAAAGCCCAUCUAGUGAGGACAGAACAGUAAAGAGCCUUAUAAACAGCAGACGGCACCAGAAGCUGUUACUUCAGUCACCCAGUCAUCAUGUGGCAGCCAACGGACCCACAACCUCAAAGUCAAGUAAGAAGCCACAUGCAGGAGAGUCAAGGGGAGCAGUUUGAAACGAGGUCUCGUUGCUCUGGAUCGUCAAAGUCUUCCAGGUCAUCCGCAAGCGUUGCAGCACUCAAAGCGCGAGCCAAAGCUGGGGCUGUACAAGUGCAGUUGGCCUAUGCAGAAGAGGAAGCUGAGGCCAUGAAACAACAGGCUGAAAUUCAAGCUCAACUACACAUCCUAAAGGUAAAGAAGGAAGCAGCAGCUGCAGCAGCAGAAGCAGACAUUCUCGAGGCAGCCACUCAGUAUGAAGAACAGCAACCUCUCUGCCAAGAGCGUCUGUCCGACAACUCUGUGGACCCCAGACAAAGGGUUCAGAAUUACAUUGACAAUCAAGUCUUCCUGCCAGACAACCAAAUGUUAACACAACCUCCAAUACUUAGCACAAACUCCAUUCACCAAGAUGAAAUCCCAAAUGCUGACACUCAGCCAAUCCCCCUUGAUGAUGUCAAGCUAAAAACACAACAACAACAAAGUCCUGUAGCUCACAACCACACGUCAAUACCCGAACCUCGCUCUGUCUAUCCAGCAGCAAACUACCAAUACCAGCCAUUCAGUUCAUCUCCAUUUAACGCUCAGCAAACAUCCAACAGCAAUGAUGUAGCUAAAUAUUUGAUGAGACGUGAACUUGUGACAGGAACAAUGCAGAAAUUUGAUGAUGACCCACAAAACUAUCGUGGCUGGAAAUCCUAAUUUCUGAACAUCACCAAAGACCUAUCUUUGUCACCCAGAGAAGAACUGGAUUUCCUUUUGAAAUGGCUCAGACCAAAGUCAACAGAACAAGCAAAGAAAAUCAGUGCAGCUCAAAUCAACAACAUCAAUGCAGCUCUCCAAAUGGUUUGGCAGCGCCUGGAAGAAACAUAUGGUGCACCAGAGGUAAUAGAGCACGCCCUCUUUAAGAAAAUUGAGGACUUUCCCAGAAUCACCUCUAGAGACAGUGUUAAACUAAGAGAGCUAGGGGACCUCUUACUUGAACUUGACUUACUUUUGGGCGUUAAAUAGCAGACAUUCUUCCGAUGAGAGGUGGAGGUGGUUUUCCCGCCAUACGGGUUGCUGGGUGCAAACGCACCCACAUUUAACUGUUUUUGUUCCU